AUAACAUCAGCCGAGACAUCACACAGCGAUGAUAUUCAAGAGACUUCCACAUUGUAUCACAGACUCCACCUCAUUCAGGUACAUGCGUGCACACGUCGUCGAUCGUACAGUCUCGCACAACAACAGCUGUGAAGCAGACUUGUGGUAAAGCAAUAUCAAGAUGAACACAACUAUGGUAUAUGACUAUGAGUAUGAGAGUCCAUGUGACAUGAAUCAGAAUACAGAAAACAUUGUCAAGUACUAUCUCCAAAUCUACGUGCACUCACUUAUCUGCAUUGUAGGAUUGAUUGGCAAUGUCCUGGUGAUCCUUACAUAUGCUUUCUACAAGCGCACCAAAUCCAUGACGGAUGUUUACCUACUGAACGUGGCCAUAGCAGAUGUCCUGUUUGUAGUGGCACUGCCUCUGCUCAUAUUCAGCGAGCAGAAUGACUGGUCUAUGGGUAAUUGGUCCUGCAAGCUGUUGCGUGGUGUCUACAGCAUCAACCUGUAUAGUGGCAUCCUACUCCUGGCUUGCAUCAGUUUAGACCGCUACAUGGCCAUAGUACAAGCUCGCCGCUCUUUCAGAUUCCGCUCGAGCAUGCUGAUCUACAGUUACAUCAUCUGUGGAUUUGUUUGGAUUUUAGCCUUGUUUCUUACUUUGCCCACCAUCAUCUACUAUGAGCGCUACAUCCCUGGUGAAUCAAUGCAAAUGUAUGACCUAAACUUUACUGUACAUCAUGUGUGCUUCUUCCGCUUCAAGGACAAUAACACUGCAAAGCUUUUCAAAGUGCUAGUGCCGAGUUCCCAGGUGGCUGUAGGGUUUUGCUUGCCGUUGCUGGUCAUGGGCUUCUGCUACUCCAGUGUGAUGUUUACUCUCCUGCGUGCCAAGAACUUCCAAAGGCACAAGGCUGUGCGCGUGGUCUUGACCGUAGUACUGGUCUUCAUUGUCUGUCAUCUGCCCUACAAUGCAGUAUUGCUCUACGACAUCAUUUUCAUGUUCUCCAGUUCAGAAUGCUCUGAUGAAAGCAACACACACCUGCUGCUGAUCCUCACUGAAAGCCUGGCCUACCUGCACUGCUGCCUCAACCCACUGCUCUAUGCCUUCAUUGGAGUCAAAUUCAGGAACCAUUUCCGCAAGGUCGUGGAGGACCUCUGGUGCCUCGGGAAGAGCUACAUUGGGGCAAGGCGUGCGUCACGGGUCACCUCUGAGGCAUACCUAUCUUCCCGAAGGUCUGCGGACAGCACAGGGAAUGAAAAUGCCACCUCCUUCACCAUGUAAAAAAAUGGCUCUCCCUGGUUAACAGUUUGUGCAGAGGUGUAUUAGGACUAUCAGGAUUCUAGUUUGCCUGACUGAGAAAAAAAAAUCCAUGUGGUACAUUUAAUGGUGUGUGUGUGUUUUAAUUAAAGUUUAAUCAUUGCAGCAGCAGCAGCAUUUUAUAUAAUUCUUAUUUGUGUUUAGUA